AUGGUUUCAAAGCUGCGACGUCUCGCAGCAGACCAUGCAGCACUGCAUGAAGAGCUCCCCCCGAACUACCUUUUCCCACCCGACGAUGCGCAUUCUUCCUCCUCAGACGACAUUACACAGCUUACGACCUUGCUGGCUGGUCCACAGGGCACACCGUAUUCCCAAGGCCUGUGGCGAUUACACUUGAAGCUACCGGAAGACUACCCCAAGAGUCCGCCAAAAGCCACGUUCCGGACGCGGAUAUGGCAUCCCAAUGUGGAGGAGUCGACGGGUGCCGUAUGCGUGGACACAUUAAAGAGGGACUGGAAGUCGACGCUGACGUUAAAGGAUGUCUUGAUUACGAUUUCUUGUCUCCUUAUAUACCCGAACCCGGACUCAGCGCUGAACUCCACAGCUGGUGCGUUGCUUCAAGAAAACUAUGAUGCCUUUGCUCGUCAAGCCAAGUUGAUGACGUCGAUACACGCCCCAUCCCCGGACGAUAUGCGGAGCGAAGUAAUGGAGGCAAAAAUGCGUGGAGAGGAAAAUGGCACAACGGUUCCUGAACAGGAAGAUACGUCGCGGUCUCUGCACCCGCUCAAGGGAACAAAAGUGCAAACGGUGACGAUGAAAAAGAAACCAGCGCGGAAAGAAGCCAACAGGGCCCAGUCUCAAGACGCAGAGAAUACCCGCCCACACCAUGAACCACUAGAACAACCACCCUCAGACGACGAGAAUGAAAAUCCAGCCUGUGUAUCGAAAGAAAACGACCCAUCACUAUCUCCGUCACCUGUUAAACUGGCCCCGCCAUUAAGCCCCAGGAAAAACGCCCACGGCAAACGCCCACUCUCCGUCCUUACAACAUCAAUGGACAUAGAACCCUCCUUUUUGGAGCCCGAAGAAAUGGACACAACAGACGGCAUGACGGCUUCAGAGCGCAACAUCGCCGCAAACACAACACCAACCCGUUCCUGGAUGUCACAAGAACGGGACUCUUCCCCGCAACGAAAAUCCCCGAAACUCUCCCUCCUCAACAGAGGUCUCAACAAUGACGUCCACUGGCCUCUCCGAGAAGAUAACAGUAUAGGUCUAGACUUACAAAUCUACGAAGACGACGACUCUUCAGGCUCGGACUCACAUCGUCCGAGUAGCAGUAGCGGAGACGGCAAGAACCCAAAUUCCUGCUUUUCACUGGGUCCUCUGAAGGACCAGGACCUCGAUCCAGUCGCGUUGAAAACGCAACAGUACUCUGAACGUGCCCAUCCUCUCGCAAUCCUUACCUCAUCCUCCAACACACCCCAUUCAUAUUCUUCAGGUCCAUCAUCGAACCUGCUGCAAAAGCCCGUUUCUGGAACUCGCAAGGUUUCGGGUUCGGGACUGAAGAAGGCGAAACCCCGUAUUGGAAUUCGCAGGCUGUGA